CAGGCCUUGAGCUGCUGUGGUCGCCGGUGCAGAUCAACUCUGCUGCGCGCCGUGCAAGAUGCCGAAGGUGGUUUUGAUCACCGGGGCGAGCAGUGGCAUUGGGCUGGCCCUUUGCAGUCGGCUGCUGGCAGAAGACGAGGAGCUUCACCUGUGUUUGGCGUGUAGGAACCUGAGCAAAGCCGGAGCCGUUCGUGAUGCCCUGCUGGCCUCUCACCCCUCCGCCCAAGUCAGCAUUGUGCAGAUGGAUGUCAGCAGCCUGCGGUCGGUGGUCCAGGGCGCAAAGGAAAUCAAGCAAAAGUUUCAAAGAUUAGACUACUUAUAUCUGAAUGCUGGGAUCAUGCCUAAUCCCCAACUAAAUUUCAAAGCGUUUUUCUUGGGCAUCUUUUCAAGAAAUGUGGUUCAUAUGUUCUCCACAGCGGAAGGACUGUUGACCCAGAAUGACAAGGUCACUGCUGAUGGGUUCCAGGAGGUGUUUGAAACAAAUCUCUUUGGCCACUUUAUCCUGAUCCGGGAACUGGAACCCCUUCUCUGCCACAGCGACAGCCCCUCCCAGCUCAUCUGGACCUCUUCUCGUAAUGCCAAGAAAUCUAACUUCAGCCUUGAGGAUAUCCAGCACAGCAAAGGCCCGGAACCCUACAGCUCCUCCAAAUACGCUACUGACCUUCUGAAUGUGGCUUUGAACAGGAAUUUCAACCAGAAGGGUCUGUACUCCAGUGUGAUGUGCCCAGGCGUAGUACUGACCAAUCUGACAUAUGGAAUUCUGCCGCCCUUUGUGUGGACAUUGCUCUUGCCGCUGUUAUGGCUGAUUCGCUUUUUUGCAAACGCUUUCACUCUGACACCGUACAAUGGAGCAGAAGCGCUGGUGUGGCUUUUCCACCAAAAACCUGAGUCUCUCAACCCUCUGACCAAAUACGUGAGCUCCACCACAGGCUUCGGGACUAAUUACGUCAAGGACCAAAAGAUGGACAUAGAUGAAGACACCGCCGAAAAAUUUUAUCAAACCUUAUUGGAACUGGAAAAACGCGUUAGGAUCACUAUGGAAAAAUCGGAUCACCCCAGCUGAUAGCGACAUUCUCCUGAGCGUCUAGUACCUUCUGUACCUUCCGGGGCACGUGGCUUUCCAUUGUCGUAAACCAUAAGCCAUGAUGAUCUCCUCUCCUACCUUUCAGAAUGAUCUCCAUGACUGUGUGUGCACAUGUGUGCAGGCAUGCACACACACGUAAGGAAAGAUGGGCAAAGUAGAGGACCCAAAUAAAUGCCCUCCAGAACAGUGUCCUUUCAGAAUUGCUAGAGGCUUCCUGCACAGCAUCUGCAUACAGCAUUCUGUCACCUGGAGCCAGCUGAUGAGACUUGAGGGACUGGGUUCAGGUGCAGCCUCAACCUCCAUUUAGUCCUGGCAAGGAGGGGGCAAUGCCACUUUCCUUUCCUUUGUUUCCCUUCCCUUCCCUUCCCUUCCCUUCCCUUCCCUUCCCUUCCCUUCCCUUUCCCUUUCUCUAUAAUUGUUCCCCCCCUUUAUUUUCUUCUCCACGUGCUGCUUCAGAUAAUCUUACACGAUCGUCCACCGAGCAGCCCCCACGUGACUGCCCACAGUCAGUAUCAGGAGCAAAGCGUGACCACUUUGGGCCAUGCGCAUUAAUUCUUUUCUUUCGAAGCAUUUUGUUUUUUUAUCAGGGAGUGGAGGCCUCGGUGAGCCUGGUCUUCAGUAACGUGGGCAGAUGUGUUUGUUAUGAAGAGCUUAUCUUCAUGGUUGUAUUUCACCGGAAUUAAAUUUAUAGCAAAAAUUAUUUAUUCACGUUUCAAUGAAAUGUCAAAACAGAAAAGUCGGAGACACUGCUUUGAGGCCUAGUGCCGGCCUCUGGUGCACAGUGGAAGGAGAAAGAAAUAGUUCAUUUGUGUGUGUCAGAUGAUGAGUUUUCCAAAUCCUUUUCUCUGUAAAACUGAAAGAGCCACACCUGAGCAUCCUUUGGUAUGAGCCAGAAUACUAAAGAUGACUAGAUAUUUUUAUCAUAAAUAAAGCCAUUCUGUUACUUGGGAUAUAAGAAAGCCAGUAAAAUUUUUGAAUAAAAGUCAAAAAUGAUAUAUUAAUAUAAUUUCCCUACAGCUUGUGCUAAGAAAAUUUGAUUUUGUUGACCAAGAUUUUUUGUAAAGAUGCAGGUGAGA